GUUGAAGCAGGAUAAAUGUUUACUAUUUUCGGUCUUGGAACUGUUGGUCUUGCAGUAGCGCAGGGUGCGAAAGCAGCAGGUGCUACACGUAUAAUUGGGAUAGAUAUUGACAACCGAAAGUUUGAUCGAGCAAAAGACUUUGGUGUGACUGAGUUUGUGAAUCCAAAAGACCACGACAAACCGACCCAACAAGUUCUUGUUGAUAUGACAGAUGGAGGUGUCGAUUAUAGUUUUGAGUGUAUUGGUAAUGUUUCCAUUAUGAGGGCUGCUUUGGAGUUGUCUUCUAGGACGCGUUAGAUGUAUCAUUUGGUUAUCAGUAUUUUUUUGCUUA